AUGAUGGCAACCAACAUUCGUCAGAGGGCGCUCGAGAAAAUCGCACUCCUCUCUGCCAAGACAUCCUCGGCAACUUUUGACAAGUCAGACCUCUCAAGGCUCUGCAAAGCAUGCCCUACCCACGCCAAGACCAAGGAAAAUGGGAAUACAUCCAAGCAGCUCGGGAGCGUCCCCAUGACCAUACGCGAAUUCGAAGUACUCCUUGCCCUCUGCAAGGCUGCUCCCCAGGUCCAGACAGGUCAAAGUGCUAUCCAACUUGCCAAGCAGUUGAUCCCGUACCUCCUCGAAUCGCACGCCCAGCUCUUUGCCCAGUCGCCCUUCUUCCGCAGGAUCGAACCUUCGCCUACCGAGGCACUCACUAAUCAUGUCACGGGCGCCCUUCUGUCUCUUGGAGUUCGUCACGAUGGUGUACUGGACAUGGUCAUGGACAACAUCUGGGCCUUCAUCAACGCCUGUUUUCACGCUACCGAGAGCCUGUUGCCCACAGGUGAUGAUGGUGAGGGGAACCUGGAGGACGCCAUACAGAUUGCUACCAUUGCAGUGUCUCUGCUGGGAUUUUUGGAUGCUGCCGCGGCUCAGGUUGAUUUCUGGAGGGCCGGGGGUCGCCUGGCUUUGAUUCAGCGCCUGCGCAAGUUGCUCUCCGAGUCUUUCCUUGUCGCUGUUGAGUCGGCCUUCUCCACCAUCCGCAACUCACACUCGCCAGACCGUAUUGUCAAGGAAUGGAAGCGUAACAUGCGCCAGUACGCCGAGGCGCAUCGGCCUCUGGGUGCUAUGCUGCUCCAGCGCAGCUACAUGCGGCUUCUGGUUGCAACUACUUCGUUGUUGGUCGUAGGGAUCGAUUCCCUGAAAGAAUCUCACGUUCUGGAUUUGCUCAUGCGCGAACAAAGCCUCAAGCGUCCCCUGACUGCCAGGAGUGGCGAUGCUGAUGUUCGGUCGGUCGAGACUUUUGCUACUGUCGCCAUCGAGCAGAUGAACUACCUCGAGGCCAGCGCCGACUUCAUCCAGUUGGGUUCUUCGGCCCAGCAAGAUAUAGCCUUUGGAGUGAGGUCCGCGGCCAUCAUCAGCUACCUUCUAUGCGCAAAAAUGGAUGACGAGACGGCUGACGUUGACUUUCUCAUGGCUUGCCUGGAGGAGACUCUUGGAGACCCUAUCCAAAUGGCCCACGAAGAGCUUGCGUCCACAGUUCUGCGCUGUAUGGCUUUGAUCUGCCGGAUGCAACCGUCGCUUGGUGCGAACGUCAGCCGGCUGCUGCCUCGAUUUAUUGUCCAGAGUGGCGCCAAGAAGCAGAUUAUUGACAUUGCAUCGAACGCGCUUGCUUUUGUGUUACAACUGCUCUCGUCCGACGCGGUCAUCACUACACUUUACACGUUGGGAAAUGUUCUCAGCCCAGGAAGCGAGCGGACGCUGGCUAAUGGGAUCAAUGGCGAUGGGGACGGGGCACACAUGCUAUACCAGGGCAGGCAAUCGACGGGAAGUUCCAUCUCCUUGCAAUUGAAUGGAGAAGAUGAGACUUCUGCAGUAUACGGCAACGUCGUGCAUGCUAUCUGUGGGAUCGCCACCGCCUGCAAGGAUGAGAAGAUCUCGGCUCUUGCCCAGUCGAUAAUACUGCAAAAAAUCACAAAGAUCAACUCAGUUGUCGACGCACAAAUAGUCUCUGGGGCUGCAUCGCUCGCCCUCAGCGGAAGUGCACUUGACUUCAGGUCCCUGCUGAAGAUGUAUACUCGCAUCUGCCAUGACGCCGUUGUUGAAAACAAGCAGGCGCUUCUGACAGCCGUCGCCCAUGCGAGGAACUACAUUUCAGCUAAUAUCAGGCGCGAUUCACCCUUGUACGAGAUAUACUGGAAUCACCUUCUGGAUGGCAUAGUCUCUCAGGGUGAUGUGCAUCAUGCCAACCACACCAAGGAGUCGGACGUGCAGCUAGCAGCUCGCGAGAUUGCCGAGCUUCUUCAACCCAUGUCCGUCUUCAUGGCCACCAACGACUUUGCGGUCGACUUGCACAGGGAAGAUGAGAGCUACGGCCUCCUCCGAGAUGCUUGGUACAACAUAGUCGUGCACGGCUUCACCCUUGCGACCGAGCGGGGCAAGAAAUACAUUAACGAACUGCGCAUCAUGGCCAUCCACUCUCCGCCUCUGGUAGCAGAGCAGCGUGGAGAACAAAACGAGAGCGAUAUCGAGCUCAACCCGGUGCUUCGCAGGGGAAUGAGCAAUGAUCGGGAGAGCGUGCAAAAGAAACACCUCUGCGAAUUACUGCCGUCCAAGUCUGCCGAGAUCCGGGGUCUCAGUUACCGCAAAGUCAUUUUCCUCCAUGCAGCCUAUCUCGUAGAGAGUCUCCGUGCCGAUUCGGGUGACUGUGCCACGGCACUCUCUUACUUUUUGGAGCCAAGCAUGCGCCGAGGGGACGUGAGUAGCACCAUGGAAGGCAUCACGGGGGCCGUCGUAGAGAGGUAUCUGAAAAAGAUAUUGAGUGGAACCCACCCCAACUUUACUGCGCAGUACGCGGCCGCCCAGCUGGCGGCCGUAUUCUGCAGCUGCUGCCAUCGGAUAGAUCGUGUGCAACAGGCGGCUUACAGCUGCGCCGACCGAAUCAUCAACCAAGUCCCCUCGGCUUUGUGCCACCGCACGUCUUUGUUCGCCCUGCUCGAGCUUCUUUCCUUGAUGUGGACCAGCUGUCUCGAGGCCGAGACAGAUCUUUAUGAGCCCAGAUCGACGUUCGAGUCUUCUCGGGGGCGAGUCACUGUGGAGCUUUCGGACGACUACGCCUUUCGAAGGCACACUCUAGACACUCUUUACAAAAAAGCCAGGUCAUGGGUCAGCACUGUCAUCAACCUUGCCCCAGCAGAUGUCAAGGGUCUCCUGCAGACGUACCUGUCGGAUUUUGACGACGACGGAGCAUAUGGGCACGUCUCACUGGGCAGGUCGUUUGCGCUUGAGCUUGGAUCCUGCAUCCCGUCGACAGACCAGCGCUUGCAGUCGCUCACGAGAAUAGGGGACUGCCACAUCAACACCGCGUCUGACUUUGUUGCACAGUACACAACACGUCAAGAGUACAGAUACGCCGAGGCCCUUCCUGACCACAGUCUGGAGUGGCUCAGCUUCAUGCGCCUGGACCGCCGCGCAUCUUUCCUCCAUAACGGCAACAAUGAAAGUGCCGAUGCCGUGACAGCCCUGGCUCACAUCGAGCAGCGUCUUUUGGAAAAGAAGAAUACGUCGUUGACCGAUGUGCGCGACAUUCUGCGCCGUGCGGCUGCGCUCCUCUGCCGCCCCGAGCGUGAGGAAGCCAACGUGGCACACUUUCUCGUCAGCAUCCCGUUCGCCAUGUUCACGAAGCACUCCAUUAAGCUUGGCGUGUCUCUCUGGCUUGGCGUCAUGAACGAGAACCCGCGGAUGGAGCCCCGCCUGCUCAAUGAGAUUGCGCAGCAGUGGGAGCUUAGCAUCCAAAAGAAGCUGGGAUUGUUCAGCGACGCCAUCACGUAUCCGGACCCCUUCUUUUUGAAGGAGGAGUUUGCGCCGAGUGACAGUGCUGCCAUGGCCAAGCGGAAGCAGGUCGUGCACAACCUGCUGUCGCCUCACACGAGACUUUUGCAGUUCAUGAGCAGCCACUUCAACGCCACUAGACUCGGUAGCUCGGACACGCAGAGGAUAUUCCUGCGGAUGCUGGACCUGACAUUGGACGCUCUCAAGACGACGACGCCACACCCGCUGGCGCGCGACCUUCGCUUCCAGAUCGUCUUGUACGCCCUCCGUGUCCUACGCACGUGUACAACUAUGGGAGCCAUCGCACAAUGGCGACUCAAGGACAAGAUCUUGACGGCAGCGCUCAGCUGGUUUGCGGGCGCGGCGCGGUGGUCGUUUGGCAGCAACAUGCUCCAGCUCAAGACGGAGAUCAGGUUGUUGUCCGAGAUCAUGAACGCCGUCAAGGCAGUGUCGUACAUCGGGGCACAUGCAGUCGGCAACAUACGUUCGCUGCAGGCUAGGGAGCAGCUGCUUUUGCUGCUGUUGGAAAACGAGCACACCCGACUGCGGGUGUGGGUGUAUCCGCUAGGUGAACCGCAUGCUGCCGCAACGCAUGCAACGAUAAUGCACCCUCAUAAGGGAUCCUUGGAGAACGCCAUUAUGCCGCUCAUUCGCACGGCAUGGGCCGAGUCCCCAUCCAUCGCCAUCGGUCUAGUCGCCCGCUUCCCACAGAACCCCAAGAUACACAAGGAGGUCCGCUGGCUGCUACUCAACUUCCCGAGCAAGGCGGUUGAUGACCCCGAGGCAUUGGCAGUGCUGCUCGGUGGGUCGAUGCCGGUCGAUGUCAGCUUCCAGCUCAAGCAUCUCCUUUACUGGGCACCUGUGGCGCCAAUCACUGCGGUGACAUACUUCAUGCCUGCCUUCCAAAACCAUCCUCUUCUCAUCCAAUAUGCUAUGCGAGCCCUGGAGAGCCACCCGGUUGAUGUUACCUUCUUCUACGUUCCGCAGAUUGUGCAGUUGCUGCGUCACGACGAAUUGGGCUACGUCGAGCGCUAUAUCGUCGAGACUGCGCAGUUCUCGCAGCUGUUCGCGCACCAGAUCAUUUGGAACAUGAAGGCAAAUGCAUAUAAAGAUGAUGAUUCUACCAUACCCGAUCCAAUGAAACCCACGCUCGACGAGGUUAUGGCCAAGAUGGUCGACAGCUUCAACCCUAUUGACCGCGACUUUUACGAGCGCGAAUUCGCCUUCUUUGACGAGGUAACUGGAAUCUCGGGCAAGCUCAAGCCGCUCAUCAAGAAGUCAAAGGAAGAAAAGAAGCAGAAAAUUGAGGAAGAGCUUCGCAAGAUCAAGGUCGAAGUCGGGGUAUACCUUCCAAGUAACCCCGACGGCGUUGUCAUUGGCAUCGACCGCAAGUCGGGCAAGCCGUUGCAGAGUCACGCAAAAGCCCCGUAUAUGGCCACUUUCCGCAUCAAGCGCAACAAGACGGUCGAUGCGACUGACAACCUCCUGGAGGAGUCAAGCAAACCCAAUGGCUCCAUGACGACUGAGAACACUGUUGAGAUCUGGCAGUCGGCCAUUUUCAAAGUCGGCGAUGACUGUCGUCAAGACGUGCUCGCUCUGCAGAUGAUCGCUGCCUUUAGGGGCAUAUUCGAAAGCGUCGGCCUGGAUGUUUAUGUGUUCCCAUACCGCGUUACGGCUACCGCUCCCGGUUGUGGUGUCAUCGACGUGCUUCCCAACUCCAUCAGCCGUGACAUGCUGGGCCGUGAGGCGGUCAAUGGGCUCUACGAAUACUUUACGAGCAAGUACGGAAACGAAGACUCGCUUCGGUUCCAGCAGGCGCGCAACAACUUUGUCAAGAGCAUGGCUGCCUAUAGCAUAAUCUCGUUCCUGUUGCAAUUCAAGGAUCGACACAAUGGCAACAUCAUGAUCGACGACGCGGGUCACAUCUUGCAUAUCGACUUUGGGUUCUGUUUUGACAUUGCACCUGGCGGUAUCAAAUUCGAGCGGGCGCCGUUCAAACUCACAUCGGAGAUGAUGGCGGUCAUGGGCGGUUCGAUGGAUUCGCAGGCGUUCAAGCAGUUCGAGGAGCUCUGCGUCAAAUCCUUCCUCGCAUCGCGGCCGUACGCCGACAAGCUCUCGCAGAUUGUGCUCCUCAUGAUGGAGAGUGGACUGCCGUGCUUCAAGCCCGAGAGCGUCAAGCACUUCAGGGACCGAUUCGUGCUGGAUCGUAACGAGCGUGAGGCUGCCGACUUUGUCAAGGACCUCAUCAAGAAGAGUCACGGAAGCUACUCUACGGGUUUCUAUGAUGGAUUCCAGCUUAUGACGAAUGGAAUCCCGUAUUAG